UUGAUCUGUAACGGCCCUUAUCAGGUUCAAGUUGCCAGGCUCCACCACAAAGUGCAAAGAAGAAGUCUACCUUAGAUGCUUGCACACCUCGAGGGGAGCUAGGGUUUCAACUUGCCCAACUGUGGAAGCACAAACUCUCUUUCACAAACCCAUCCACCAGUUUGCCGGUAUAAUCUCUGCAAACACACGCUAUACUCCCUUCCGAUCUAAUUUCGUCUAAGGAGCCAUCCACGUUCACCUUCAACUCACUGCUAUUCGGUGGCUUCCAUUGCUCAGAGUCUACCUUCGAUGGCUCAGGAGUUCGUUUUUUAAAAACAAAAUCUUUUGUUGCUUCCCCAUCUCCCGAAGCACAGAAGCCAGCCGCUCUGGUGAAGACCACCUCAAACAUAGUCAAGAAUUGCUCAUUCUUGACCUCCUGUCUUUGGUGCUUCCAAUGGCCUCUCCUUCACAAUCCAAGGGGCCUUAUGACGUCUUCUUGAGUUUUAGAGGCCCGGACACCCGCCUUGGAAUUGUCAGUCAUCUCUACAAGGAUCUAGACCAGAGAGGAAUAUACACAUUUAAAGAUGACGAGAAAAUCAAGAAAGGAGAGCGGAUAUCGGAUGUGAUUAUCAAGGCAAUCGAGGAAUCACGCAUCGCAGUCAUCAUUUUCUCCCAGAGAUUCGCCUCUUCAUCAUGGUGUCUGGAUGAGGUAGCCACAAUAAUGGACCGCAAGGCAGCAAAAAAAAUCAUUGUUCUGCCAGUGUUUCACAAUGUGGAUCCGAGAACAGUAAGAAAAGGAAGAAAUGAAAACGAAGAUCUUUUUAAUGAGCAUGAAAAGAAAUACGGAAGUGGUUCGGAGAUAGUGAAGAAAUGGAAGGAAAACCUUGAAGCCGCUGGAUGUUUAUGUGGUUGGGAAUUCAAUAAUUGGAACGUCGCAGAGCCCCAAAAAGAGUCCAUCAUGGGGUCCCCCAAGGAUUCGACUCGCAUCCAAUUAGAAAGCGAGGAGUCGAAGGUCACGGUGGAGUUGAGGGAGGGGACCCCAAUCCAAUUAGGAAACAGGAAGAUCAAACAUGAAGCACAGCUCGUGGAAAGCAUUGUGAGGGAGAUCUGGAUGCAGCUAAAACCAACACACUUGGAUGAUGCUGUGUUUCCAGUUGGCAUAGAUUCCCGAGUGGAGAAGCUGAUAUCAAAAUUGAAUAUGAAGUCUCAGAAAGAAAUUUUCAUAAUUGGUUUAUGGUCAAUGGGAGGUAUGGGCAAAACAACUUUAGCUAGAGCCCUUUAUAACUCUAUUUUUAAGGAUUUCGAAGGCUCUGCUUAUAUCGAUGACAUCAGAGAAACUUCCCAAGGAUCAGAAAAAAUGGUUCCUUUGCAACAAAAUUUACUAUACCAGAUGUUGAUGAUAAAAGAAACAUCAUUGAACAGUGAUGCCGAAGGAUGUAGAUUCAUAAAGGAUAGACUGUUUCGCAAAAGAGUUCUUCUUAUUCUUGACGGUGUGGAUGACAUAUGCCAAGUAGAUAGUUUAGCUAAAGAGCAUAGUUGGUUUGGUGAGGGAAGUAGGAUCAUCAUUACAACGACAGAUAAGAGUCUGCUCAGCGUGAUUGGAGCUUGUAUCCAUGAAGUUCAGUGUCUCAAUGAUGAUGAGGCUCGUGAACUCUUUGAGAAGCACGCUUACAGAAGCAAGGAAAAAAAUAUAACGAGAGAUCUUGUAAAUAGCCUGACCAAAGAAAAAAGAGAAAAUCUUGUAAACAGAGCUCUGCAAUAUGCUCAAGGCCUUCCUUUAGCUCUGGUGGUGUUGGGUGGUUCCUUUGCUGCUAGCGGAGAAGAAGAUUGGGAAGGUAAACUGGAUAAUUUCACCAAAAGGUCUGACCAAGCCAUCGAUAAAAAGCUUAGAAUAAGCUAUGAUAAAUUGAAUGAAGAUAACAAGGAUAUUUUUCUCCACAUUGCUUGCUUCUUCAACGGGUGGAAGAGAACAUACGUUGAAGGUGUUCUUAAGAAUUGUGGUCUUCCAGUAUCAGGGGUAAAAGAUCUCAUCCAGAGAUCAUUGAUAAUGGAAGAGAAUGGGACCCUAAAAGUGCAUGACUUGAUUGAGUUGAUGGGUAAAAACAUUGUUGACAGAGAAUGUCGUCAUGAUGCUGCCAAACGUAGCAGAUUGUGGCGCCGGGAAGAUGUCAUCGACGUACUAUCAAGAAAUGAGGGGACAGAUGCAGUAAAUGCCAUAGUAUUGGCACUACCAAAUCCGGAAACCAUAGAUAUUCGUUCUGAAGCUUUUGCAAAGUUGAAAAAUUUGAGAUUCCUCAUUAUAAUUAAUGUCAAGACUAAUUUUCGGGAUCCUAUCUGUCUCCCUAGAAAGCUAGGAUGGUUUGAAUGGCCAGAGUGUUCUGCCUCCAGUCUGAAACUUACGUCUCCAGACAACCUGUCAAUACUUGCUGUGCGCAAAGGCCUUUUUACAUAACCGGGGGAACCAUGAUUUGAGGUCCGCAUGGUUUUGUGGCAUUCCGAGGAACUUGGAUUAGAAAAGAAAACCCAAUUCCUAAGGCCACGUGAUAGAGAUAUAUUUAAGAAAUCCUUUAUAUCUCAUUUGAUUCCGUUUAUCUCCUGAGGGUGUGCCAUGUUCCAUUGAUUUUGCAUAUCAUUGAUCAUCAUUCUGUAAAGUUUAUGAAUAGGCUUAGAUAAUAUUCAUAAUUGAAUAAACAAGACAUUAUUCAAUUUCAGUUUUCGCUUUAUAUUUGUC